AUGCAAAAGUACACACUGCCGGAGGUUUUGAUUGAUAAUGGAUCAGCACUGAACGUAUUGCUUUUAUCCACUCUCAAUCGACUACCUGUGGACAGUUCGCAUAUGAAAACAUGCCAGAAUAUAGUAAGGGCAUUUGAUGGAAUAGAAAGGAGGGUUAUGGGAAGAAUUGAAAUACCAUUAAUGAUUGACCCAACUACUUAUGAGGUGGACUUCCUGGUAAUGGAUAUUAAGCCUUCCUACAACUGUUUAUUGGGGAGACCGUGGAUACACUCGGCAAGGGUAGUACCUUCAUCGCUACAUCAGAAGGUGAAGUUAGUAUCAGAAAGUCGAUUGGUAACAAUAAGUGCGGAAGAGGAUAUCAUCGCGACGGUAACUAGUGAUGCACCUUAUGUGGAGACCAAUGAUGAGGCAGUUGAAUGCUCUUUUCGGUCCUUAGAGUUUUUGAACGCAACGUUUAUUGCUGAAGGAAACAAAAUUUUGGAUAUGCCCAGGCUAAGUACUAGCAUUGUGGUGCAUCGUCUUCCUAUAAAAGAAGAUUGUAAACUAGUUCAGCAGAAGCUCAGGAGAAUGAGACCCGAUAUCGUGCUAAAAAUAAAAGAAGAAGUCAAAAAGCAGUUCGAUGUCGGAUUCUUACAAGAGGUCAAAUAUUCAGAAUGGGUAGCAAACAUCGUUCUUGUUCCUAAAAAGGAUGGGAAGGUACGAAUGUGCGUGGAUUACAGGGUCUUGAACAAGGCUAGUCCAAAAGACAAUUUUCUGUUGCCUCACAUUGAUACUUUGGUAGAUAAUACGCUGACUGAGAAAUAUGAUCCAGUGUUCCGUCUUCUGAAGAAACAUAAUCCAGUUGAAUGA